CUUAAACCCUCACAAUCCCCCCACAGACCCCUCCCCUGCCCUCUACAAUGCAACUCCCCUUCCUCUCCGCCCCUUUCUCUCCUCUCCCUCUCUCUCUCCAAACCCACCUCCCAUUCUUUCCCAAACUCAGAAACCCACCAUUUUUUCCCCAACUCAAACCCUCCCCCUCCCCCUCCCCCUCCCUCUCUCUCCUGAAACCCCGGCCCCCAGCCGCCAUCGGCCCCGACGGCACGUUCCACCCGUACCCGUCCGACGAAGACCCGCCCGAGGCCGAGGAAGACUCCAUGCACGGCGUGUCCAGGUUCCAGCAGGUCGCGCGCCAGGCCGACAGGGCAAGGAAGGCCCAAGAAGAGCGGGCUGACAAGGAGCAGUCGAUAUUCCUCACAGCCAUUACUGACGAGGAGGACGCCCCCGAUGAUCCCGAUUUCGAAGAUGAAGUUUCUGGGGAUGAUAGGUUUGCUGAUAUUGAUAAGGCUAUUGCUUUGAAAAGGAAAGAGUUUGUUGAACAGGGUUUAUUGAAAGCUAACCCCAAGAAAGUGGGAUUGGUUAAGCCACUUGAGGAGUUGGAGCCUGAUGAAGUGAUUGAUUUGGAUGAAAUUGAGGAGUUACAAGGGCUCACUGUGAUUCCAGCUGAUGGGGAUGAUGAAGAGGGAGAGAAAUUGGAGAAUGAGGUGAGUUCUGAUUCGUCAUUCGAUAUUGAUUUUGAUAAGAUUGAUAAAAGUCUAAAUGUUAGGAUUGUCGAUCCCAAGUUUAAGAUGACAUUAGCUGAGCUUUUAGAUGAGAGUAAAGUAGUACCCAUCUCGGUUUACGGUAAUUUAGAGGUUGAGAUUAGUGGGAUCCAACAUGAUUCAAGGUUCAUUGAGGCUGGGGAUUUGUUUGUGUGUUGUGUUGGGAUGAAAACCGAUGGGCAUUUGUAUCUAACUGAGGCUUGUAAGAGAGGUGCAGUUGCUGUCGUAGCUAGUAAAGAGAUUGAUUUAGAGGAGAAAUUGGGGUGUAAAGCUUUGGUCAUUGUAGAAGAUUCAAAUGCGGUGCUACCAGUAUUGGCGGCAGCUUUUUUUGGUUACCCGUCUACGAAAAUGUCUGUGAUAGGGAUUACCGGUACGAAUGGGAAGACGACCACCGCGUAUUUAAUAAAAGGGUUGUAUGAAGCAAUGGGAUUGAGAACUGGGAUGUUCAGCACUGUGGCAUAUUAUAUCCAUGGAGAUAACAAAUUGGAGUCGCCAAGUACGACUCCAGAUUCUGUUUUGAUUCAGAAGUUGAUGGCGAAGAUGGUGCAUAAUGGGACAGAAGCAGCUGUGAUGGAGGCUUCAUCUCAUGGACUAGCGCUAGGGAGGUGCAAUGAGGUUGACUUUGACAUUGCCGUUUUCACAAAUUUGACGAGGGACCAUUACGAUUUUCAUGGGUCUGAGGAGGAGUAUAGGGAUGCCAAGGCCAAGCUGUUUUCACGAAUGGUGGACCCAGAAAGACACAGGAAAAUCGUCAACAUUGAUGAUCCGAAUGCAGCUUUUUUUAUUGCAGAAGGGAACCCAAAUGUGCCUGUUGUGACCUAUGCAUUGGAGAAUAAAGAUGCUGACGUUCAUUCUUUGAAAUUUGAACUAUCUCUGUUUGAAACCCAGGUUUUGGUAAAAACGCCUGAUGGUUUAUUGGAGAUUUCUUCAGGGUUGCUUGGCAGACAUAAUAUAUACAACAUUCUUGCAGCUGUUGCAGUUGGAAUUGCGGUUGGAGCACCUUUGCAGGACAUUGUUAGAGGGAUUGAAGAGGUUGAUGCAGUUCCUGGUAGGUGUGAGUUGAUAGAUGAGGGACAAGCAUUUGGCGUGAUUGUGGAUUAUGCUCAUACUCCUGAUGCAUUAUCUAGACUACUUGAUUUUGUGAGGGAGCUUGGACCAAAAAGGAUUAUUACCGUUAUUGGUUGUCCUGGUGAGAGCGACAGAGGAAAGAGACCAAUGAUGACAAAGAUUGCAACAGAUAAAAGUGAUGUGACUAUCUUGACGUCUGACAAUCCAAAAAAAGAAGAUCCAUUGGACAUCUUGGAUGACAUGUUGGCUGGCGUAGGAUGGACUAUGCAGGAUUACUUGAAAUAUGGAGAGAAUGAUUACUAUCCACCACUUAAAAAUGGGCAUAGGCUUUUUCUGCAUGACCUAAGAGAAGUAGCUGUACGUGCUGCUGUUGCCAUGGGUGAAGAAGGUGAUAUGGUUGUGAUUGCUGGUAGGGGCCAUGAAACAAUCAUGCUAGAAGGCGAUGACUGGGACUUCUUUGAUGACCGAGAAGAGUGUAGAGAUGCAUUGCAGAAUGUCGAUGAGCUUCACAAAGCUGGAAUUGACACUAGUGAAUUCCCAUGGCGGUUACCGGAAAGUCAUUGAUAUGGUAUACAGAGGCGUUGAGAAAUCUUGAGGUUAACCUAAGGCCAGGCGAAUUUAACCCGGUACAUGGAGGAGAAGCAGGGGUCCGUCAAUUCGGAUUCAUUCAGCGAAGCUGAAAUCAGAGAACAUGUCCAUUUUAAGGAAAUUGGAAGGGCCUUGCUCUGAAAAUGAUGGUUGCCGGGGCCCUUGAUGCUGAAUGACGCUGCUGGAGUUGAAAGGGGAGCAACUACACAAUGACCCUAGACUGGGAUUGACGCUGCAGUUUUGUAUGAGUAUCUGGAACAUUGUAUCUUUUGUAAAUUUAGUCUGUUGAGUAGCCAAGUUGGAUACUUAAUUUGGUUUAAUUUCAGUGGGGGAAGAUGGUUUGUGAGGCUCUCUACCACCAUAAUAAAUUGAUUGCUAAUCUGAAGAAGACAUCUCAAAGUCUAAACUGCUAUAACCACAUGCUGUUUUUAGUGUUUGGGAAGGACAAAAAACAAAGUGAAAGUUCAACAUA